CCGCCGGGACCAGCCUCCAGCACCGCCCGCCCGGACGCGGUUGCCGCCGGCGGGACGAGGAGCCUGGCCGGUCGCACCAUGAGUAACCUCCCCGCCGACCGGGAGAGCGGCCCCGCCGACACCGGCCUGCCCGAGGAGGAGGUGAGGACACUCUUUGUCAGCGGGUUGCCCCUGGACAUUAAGCCCCGGGAACUUUACUUGCUCUUCAGGCCCUUUAAGGGGUACGAGGGGUCUCUCAUCAAACUCACCUCCAAGCAGCCCGUGGGCUUCGUCAGCUUCGACAGCCGCUCCGAGGCAGAGGCGGCGAAGAAUGCUCUGAACGGCAUCCGCUUCGACCCCGAGAUCCCCCAGACGCUGCGGCUGGAGUUCGCCAAGGCCAACACCAAGAUGGCCAAGAGCAAGCUGGUGGGCACCCCAAAUCCCAGCACCCCUUUCCCCACCGCCGUACCUCAGUUCAUCGCCCGGGAGCCCUAUGAGCUCACAGUGCCUGCACUUUACCCCAGUAGCCCUGAAGUGUGGGGGCCGUACCCUCUGUACCCAGCGGAAUUAGCACCUGCUCUACCUCCUCCUGCUUUCACCUAUCCCGCUUCGCUGCACGCCCAGAUGCGCUGGCUCCCUCCUUCCGAGGCUGGUUCUCAGGGCUGGAAGUCCCGUCAGUUCUGCUGAAUGCCGGGUCUCAGGUGUGUGAUGGUGGCCUACAGUCAGUCUUGUGGGUAUUAGUGGAGUCUUCCAAGGCGGCUACUGGGGUGACGUGCUCUCCGCCGGACCACAGUGUGCUGGCUUGAAAAAAAAACCCUCACAGGAGUUUGGAUUCCUCCAAGACUUUCCCACAGCCUCUAUCACACAUCUGCUCUCCUAGAAGAAAAACAUUACCUAGUAAUAAUAUUUUCCUCUUUUACACUGUAUAUUUGUAAGGAAGAGUGUGUUGCUCCCGAAAGCAUGGUUUGACAGGCAUUGUUGUAGUGUUUGAACUUUUCAAACAGAACCAUACGAAAGCAGACUAAAACGAGAGCCAAGUAUUUUUGUACCAAAGCUCCUCAAACAGGACAAUCUUACACCGUGUUGGACCGCAGGCUUUGUGCUUGACUUUUGGAAGGCGUGUAAUUAAGAGUCUUAUAUUGCCCCCCGGCCCCGUCAGCUGCAUGUCGAAGGCAUGAUGUUCACGUGUGUGCAGAUGUCGAGACACACCAUGCGGGUUUGCAGGAACUGUGCUCCAGCCGUGUCGGCGAGAUGUCCGUGGACACUACAGUAUUACUGUCUUCUUCCCAGUUGUACCAAAUGACAACCAGGCAGGACAAUCAGGAACGUUCUUCCGGUGUUUUUUUGUACCUUAGGGCUGUGUUCGUAGCUGCUGUGCAAAGCUUCCGCGGGGUGCAACGGCUCGGAUCAGGGAUGGGCACACGGCCCACACAUGUAGCAAGGUGACAAUUUGCCUCCUCCUCUUCCUCCUCCUGCCAUGGCUGCUUCAAGCUGUUACAGGCAACGUAAACUGCUGUAUGAGAAAAACUCUUCCUGCUACGCCAAAGUGCUGGACUGGGGUUUUAGCACCGAGGUUAUGCCAGUCCGGCCGCUCGCUGCGUGGCAUUCCCAUGUUUCCAUGUGCAAAGACAAGAAGGGAAGCUGCCAACACCCUUUAUGGAGGUAGUGUACCAGCAAAGACACUGCUUGAUAUACUAGUUGCUCCUUCUCCUCACUCCAGGAGGAAUUUGCAGAAAGAAAUGAACAGAGCAAACCAACCCAAAACCUCAUAUCAGGUCUCGGUUUCUUGCAAAGGGAGGUGCAAAGCUCCUCCUUCCAUUUCCUUCCCCUCUCCUCAUUCCAGCUGCAAGGAACACUGAGCUCAGCCGCUGCCCAGGCCUCACUGUAGCUGGUUUCCCAGCUGUCCAUGGCCUCAUUCAGCAUCAUCACCUUUUCCUUCCUCCUUCCUCUUGUCCUGUGGGUGGGCCAAAAUAAGACAGUUGAGAUUUUGGCUGUCGGGGUGGGGCAGGAGGAUGAGAAAAUGGGAUUUUUCGCGCUGGGAAACCGUCCCGUUGGAGUCUUCUGUAAAAAAUGGGACUGAUAGAAGUGAUGUGAGAAGAAAUCAAAUCCAAGACAAACCUCAGAGCGGCUCUAAAAGGAACGAUACCGGCGUUCCCAAGCGAGGGACUAACUCUUUUAGCAAACUAUUUCCUGUACUUUGUCUCGUGGAGAGGAGAGAAGCUUCCACAUUGUCUACUCCGCUUUUGGAAAUAUGUUUAAAGGUACUUUUCUAUUGUAAUUUUUUAAUAAUAAAACCGGUGAUUAUUAUAA